UGCUUUUGUUUACCAUGUGCGAAUCCUUUUAGUUUCUCCGCAUGUUUUGGUAUUUUCAGUAUUCCACCAUGCCAUCACUCGACACAUUCUUCCUUCGGGAUUUCGUUGCUGCAGCUUUUCUCUUCUUUACCACACGUUAUUUAAUCCGAUUACUUCUCGAAAAAACGAACCGAACACUUCCUCCGGGACCGAAAGGGUGGCCGGUUGUCGGUGCUCUUCCACUGUUAGGUUCCAUGCCCCAUGUCACACUGGCCAAAUUAGCCAAAAAAUAUGGACCUGUAAUGUACCUCAAAAUGGGCACAUGCAACAUGGUGGUGGCAUACCCGGACGCCGCUCGAGCUUUCCUUAAGACCCUUGUUGAAUUCUCUAAUCGGCCACCGAAUGCCGGUGCCACCCACUUAGCAUAUGAUUCGCAAGACAUGGUGUUCGCCGAGUACGGUCCGAGGUGGAAAUUGCUCCGUAAACUAAGUAAUCUCCACAUGCUCGGUGGUAAAGCCCUUGAAGAUUGGUCACAGAUCCGAACUGUUGAGCUAGGCCACAUGGUUCGUGCAAUGUACGCGUCUAGCAAAAACGGGGAGGCGGUCGUGGUGCCGGAGAUGUUAACGUAUGCAAUGGCCAACAUGAUUGGUCAAGUGAUACUAAGUCGACGAGUUUUCGAGACCAAAGGAUCAGAGUCGAACGAGUUCAAGGACAUGGUGGUGGAGCUCAUGACAUCUGCUGGGAUCUUCAAUAUCGGCGACUUCAUACCUUCGAUCGCGUGGAUGGAUUUACAAGGAAUCGAAGGCGAGAUGAAAUUACAUAAAAGGGAUGUUUUGUUGACGAAGAUGAUGAAAGAGCAUGAUGAAACAGCUCAUGAACGCAAGGGAAAGCCUGAUUUUCUUGACAUAAUUAUGGCUAACAGAGGGAACUCUGAUGGGGAAAAGCUUAGUUUGGUUAAUGUCAAGGCGCUCCUUUUGAAUCUGUUCACAGCCGGGACAGACACGUCCUCAAGCAUCAUCGAAUGGGCAUUGGCUGAAAUGAUGAACAAUCCUAAAAUACUGAAGAAAGCUCACGAGCAGAUGGAUAAAGUGGUGGGAAGAAACCGAAGGCUCGAAGAAUCCGACAUACCGAAACUCCCCUAUCUUCAAGCCAUAUGCAAAGAAACGUUCCGAAAACAUCCAUCAACUCCGUUGAACUUGCCUCGAGUUUCGACCCAAGCUUGCCAGAUAAACGGCUACUACAUCCCCAAGAACACUAGGCUCAGUGUCAACAUUUGGGCCAUCGGUCGAGAUGCCGACGUGUGGGACAAUCCACUCGAUUUCUACCCCGAGAGGUUCAUGAGUGGGAAGAACGCCAAAAUCGAUCCACGAGGGAACGAUUUCGAGCUGAUUCCGUUCGGUGCCGGACGAAGAAUCUGCGCCGGGACCAGGAUGGGGAUCGUGUUGGUUGAGUACAUUUUGGGCACGUUGGUCCACUCUUUCGACUGGAUGGUUCCUGCCGGGACAGGGGAAUUGAACAUGGACGAGGCCUUUGGACUUGCUUUGCAGAAGGCUGUGCCUCUCUCUGCCUGCCUUCGCCCGCGCCUCGCUCCAAAUGCUUAUGUUUCCUAAGCCUAAUAAUGCUCCUUUUGUCCUACUUGUUUUACUUGCUUCUCUUUGCCUUGCAUUUUGUUACAAUAAAAAGUCUACUUUUACUUCUA